GUAGGAUUGAUUAUGCUUUUGCGGCUUAUCAUAUACGAAUGUGUGUUUUAAACUUUUGAACCAUACCCUAGACCACAGACAAGUGCUAGAUUGUGACACAGACAGGCGCUAGACUGUCUGUGAACUUCCUUACCACAUGAUUCAGUUCCCCUUUGUGCAAAUAAAAGAAGGCUCGCUACAGGAAGAUGUGAGAGACUUCUUGUACGCUGGUGGUGUUUCCAUCAGUUGUCCAACAAUCUCCCUGGCUAGCUAGCCCGACAAAAUAAAACCCAUUGUGUGAGUUCACUCGCCUUUCCGUUCCACAGCCACUAGGUGUUUAGGCCUAGUUGGACCUGACAUUUUUCUCUGGUGCCGAAACCCGGGACCUCAACAUCUACCUGUCCAAGACGACGUGGGACCAACGAACCGUCGACAGAGUGACAAGUUUCCUUUCCUGUGACGGAGGCCAUUCUUUGGUCCUACCCCGUCCUGGCGUGGUGGCGAGGGGUCCCAACGAACCAGGGCUGUGCACCGGAAAGGAACUGCUACGACCGGGAGACCAAGUACUGAUAAAAGUCAUCAAAAGAAAGAACUGGUCCAGUCCAAAGUGGGAAGGUCCCUUCACUGUCCUGUUAACCACACCAACCGCUUGCAAAAUUCAAGAAAGAUCCACUUGGGUUCACCAAAGCCAUUGCAAAAAGGUAAUCCCAUUGCAGGAUGCUGAGCCUGCUACUCCUGCUUCUCAGCCUUAGUCACCCAGGGGGGUGCACUACGUCAUACAGACAGACACAAAAACAAUGGCUGCAGCAGACCGGAACCCAAAUCAACCUGACCAUCCUGAACAACGAUCAGACCAUCACCAUCCCAUUGGACCAAUUCCGGUCAGUACUAACCUCUAGACACAUCUCCAUUCGUGAGCACAGCAGUAAGACACCUCAAGGUCGACCCCGACCAAAUCAAAGACCAACCCAGACCGUCCACCAAUGGGAGUUCACGCAGGAAACAAAGAUGGCUGAAUGGCACAACUACUGGUUCUACUUAAUGUCGGCGGACAACGACAAAAAGUGGCAAGAGUGGUCGAAUUACAUCACUUCCCAAGAUGGCGUAUAUUGGCCCAAAUUGAGUAUCACAGCCACCGCCAAAGCAUGGCGAAACAAGGUAACCAUGACAAAAGCCAACAAAAAACUGACUUUCCAAUUUGCAGCAAUGACAGCCCUACCUGGAGCAGAUGCAACUAACUGCUCCAGAGUGACGCUGUGGGCUUGGACCAACUCACAAAAUCACCCCCGAGUGCCCAUAGAGGUUUGUUACACCCCAACCAAGUCUCCCACAGCUGCCAAGGCCGCCACUGUCGUGAUCAUGAGAGAUAACCAAGUGUUCAAGGCCGAAGGUGUUAAGGUUCAUGUCAAAGGUGAGCAGCUCGAAGAUUUUUUGAAACAGGAAACUGGCAUUAAACCGGUGGAGAACACCUAUUUGGAGAGUGUUCUCCGUAUCGCCAAGACUGUGAGGAAAGACUGUGUGGUGUGCCUCAAACCAAAGUUGGCCCUCCUGUUGGUCCAACCUGUGCAGAACGAGACGUGUAUAUGGAACAUGUCUCUGGGAGUCCAACUGAUAGGUGAGUGUGCUACCCUAUCCCGACGAUACCCGCUCAGCACUCACAGAGACACACCACCCACCUUCAUGCUGCCAGACAAGAAUGGCAGCUUUGUAUGCUUCCAACGAACCAACUGCUCCGACCCACCCUGCAAGGACGUGGGGAGCGCGACCAAGCUGUGCAAUCGCACCAUCAAUAAAGAUCCCGCUAACACUGAAGAUAACCCAACCCAUUACAUUAGAUCCAGGUUGUGGUGGUACUGUGGAGGUGGAGCUCUGUACGGUAAGCUCCCCAAUAAGUGGACAGGCAUGUGUGCCCUCGUCACCGUAGUCCAAGAAUCAACCACCAUCGUCCUGGAAACGAAGCAGACUGGGAACGCAACGACAGGAAGCACCAGAAAGAAAAGAAGCCUCCUCUCUGAAGCUGAGACGUCACUCACAAACCACGGCGUGUACUUCGAUGCCAUUGGGAUGCCGAGGGGCGUUCCAUACAGUGUCAAGCUCAUCGACGAAGGACAAGCCGCCGCAUCCCAUCUGCCGCUCAUCUCAGCUAUCUUUCCCGUAAUGACAUACAAACACACUGAACUCAUCAAUUACCUAAAUUGGAAAUUAGUGGUGCUGACAAAUUUCACUGAGUUAAUGCAUUCCAGGGUGGCCGAACAAUUGCACGCCACCUCCGUCAUGGCCUUACAAAAUCGGUUGGCCCUGGAUCUACUGUUGGCAGAAAAAGGAGGGUUGUGUAAAUUCAUUCCAGACUCAGGUGAAUGUUGUGCUUUCAUCCCAUUACAUACUGCAGAAAAUGGCAGCAUCACACAGCUAUUGUCCUGGUUUAGAACCUACCAAGAGAACCUGCAGCAACAGGAGGGGGUAGCACCCAACCCUGUCCUGCAGUGGUUUCAAGACACAUUUGGAAAUUGGAAAAAUCCAGUCAUUUCAUUGUUACUCACCCUAGCUUUCGGUUUCAUCCUGCUAAUGUUUAUCUCGUGCGGAUGCAAGAUAGCUUUCAAGAGAUUGUCUGAUACUUUAGACACACGUAUCAAUGUAGUGUUGCAAUCAUUUAGCGAACAAUACAAACUGGUGGAUCAGGACAGUGAAGGCGAAGAGGACGACGACAACGUUUAAAGGACUCAAGGACAAAAUGGACAUCCGGUAAAGUACACCACACAUUUGCCGCCGACAGUGGUUCUGACCGCUGUUGAAAUGUUCAAAAGAGUUCCAGCUUGUAAAUUGCUACCGGAAGUAACAUUGUAUUGUGUUGUUUUCAGGUUGUUUUCCCAGUACACACAUGGCAUGAAGCUGCUCUCGUCCCAUGCUAGAAGGGAGGGAAAGGAGGAAUUUUUUGCACUCACACGACCUAAUAUGUAUUCGCAGGCGUGUGGCUGUUUUUUCGCCUCCUUCAUGUAUGUACAUCCUGUUAGUGGACCCAUGAUGACGGCCACCUAAACCCCACUUUGGGAUGGUAGGCGUUUGAAGCGUUAAAACCCACAACAGGAGGGAAAUGUAGGAUUGAUUAUGCUUUUGCGGCUUAUCAUAUACGAAUGUGUGUUUUAAACUUUUGAACCAUACCCUAGACCACAGACAAGUGCUAGAUUGUGACACAGACAGGCGCUAGACUGUCUGUGAACUUCCUUACCACAUGAUUCAGUUCCCCUUUGUGCAAAUAAAAGAAGGCUCGCUACAGGAAGAUGUGAGAGACUUCUUGUACGCUGGUGGUGUUUCCAUCAGUUGUCCAACAAUCUCCCUGGCUAGCUAGCCCGACAAAAUAAAACCCAUUGUGUGAGUUCACUCGCCUUUCCGUUCCACAGCCACUAGGUGUUUAGGCCUAGUUGGACCUG